UUUUGUGUUUAAAGAGCUCGUUCAUUCUUUUAAAAACAUUCAACAUAAAUCUUUGAGAUGGAAACUAGUGAGAACUAUAAAACUAUAAUUCUAAAAAUCUUUUUCUUUCAAAGAUUCUUAUUUUCAGUUUCAGAAACUUCAUGGAAAUUAACAACAAUUGAUGAACCCCUUUCAAAUUCAAUUGAAAAUGGUGUAAUUGUAGGUCUAACAUCGGAAGGGUAUGAAAUCUACAUCGGAAAAGUUCAACUGGAAUCAGGAGAAUUCAUUCCAGCUAAAAUUAUUCCAGCACAACAUAAAAUAACUUAUGAGGAAAAUGGAGAAGAAAAGUCUGCAGAAAAAAUGGAAUGUUUAAUUCAAACCGAAGGAUACGAAUGGAUUAAAUUGUCUGCAGAUCAAAAAAUUUCUGAAUUGAUUUCUGUUUCUGAUUUCACUCUUGGACGUGCUGUAAUUGAUGGAAAUAUUUUAAUUGGGAAAAUUGAUCCUGUAAUGAAUGAACUAGUUGUUUAUCGAAAUGGAGAAGAGAUUAAGUUGAAGGAAUUUGAUUAUUUGGUGUCUAAACCGAAAACUCAGGCUGGGAAGGUCGAAGUUUGGGAACCAACCACCAAAGAAACUGAACAAACAAAAGAAACGGAAACAACAACCACUAUAACAACAACAAGACAGUCAAGCAUUACAGCAACUAGUCGGGAGAAGGCAGAAUCAGACUAUUUUAAUUUCUUACGAUACAAUGAAUUGACAGAACAGAAAUUCAUUGAAAUGCAGAAUAAAAUCAAAGAUUUAGAACUAGAAUUGUUGAAAUACAAAACUGGUCAGUGCCUUGAAAGUCGGUAUACAGUUGAGCAGAAAGAAAUUAUUAGAUUAAAGCUCCUAAUAGAAACAUUGGAAAAAGAGAAAUGCUCGUACGAGAAGAAGAUUAUUGAAUGCAAAGAGAACUACACUUCCUCAAAAACCGAUCUUGAAUGUUUAGAACUAAAAUUAAAGAACUACAUUAAUGAGAACCAAAUGUUGUUGAAAAAAGUUUGUACCUUAGAAAAGGAAUUAUGCAGACUUGAAAAAAUUAAAAUAGAAUCGUGUCAUGAUACUUGUAAUAAAGGGUCAUCAGAAACUGAACUUGCAAGAAUAAAAUACUUUGAAGAGACUAUCAAGACUCAACGAGAAAGAAUUUUCGAACUUGAAUUGAUGGUCGAAAAUUCAAAGAAUCAUAGUGAGACAAACAAGAGUCAAUGUCUUACUUACAAGAGUACCAUUGAACAGCAGAGAAUUCAGAUUGAGAGCUUCUUAAAGAAAUUACAAAAUGCUAAUACGGACAAUGAAUUUUUAAUACAGAAAGUCUCGUUAUUAUCCCAAACCUUACAAAAAUAUACAUUACAGAUUGAGCAGAUGUUAGUUCAACACGGGAAUGCUAAGACUACGAUUGCAUCACUAACAGCUGAGCUUUCUCGAGUUUGCUCUCAACUCUCAAAAUAUCAAGGAGCCUUAUCAAGUGCGUAUGUCCUCAAUGGAGAAUUGAUGACGAAGAUGUCAGGCAUGAAUUCACUAACCCAAUAUCAAUGUAAUUUUGAAUCCAAGUGCGAUAUUUUAAGUGUUAACCUAAAUUCCAUUCAGGCUUGUGCCAAAUCGUUUACUUAUUGUACGCCAGCAUUGUUGGAAGCUGUUGGGUCGGAUACUUACAAGGAAUUCUUUAAAAUGUGUUCAACAGAAAGUGUCAAGGUUUUUGAAUGUGGAAGUGACAAGAAGGAUCAGAUUGGAAAUUGUGAUGCAUAAAGGAAGAUUUUUGAAUAUAAUUAUGGAUAUCCUUUGAUUGUGUUUACUUAUAACUUAGUUACCAACUGAUUCAUUUUGAUUUCUACUGAAUACGAAAGUAUUUUGUUGCUAUUUAUUUGUAAUUUUGAUUAUCAAAUCACGUAUGCAAUUCCAUACCUUAUAUCAAAUAAAGCUAUCUUUUAAAACUUUCAUUGUAUUGGUUAAUAAAAAAUUCGCAAGAAUCAAU